GCGGCGGGGCGGGCCACGUCAAGCGGACGGCGUGGGGCUGAACUUGUAGCAGAAGGGAGAAUCUGCAUACAUACCUGCAAGAGAAGCAAAAAUGUCAGAUGAUAUCAGGAAAAGGUUUGAGUUUCCAAAUUCUCUUAUCCAAUCACAGGCUGUGGGUCAUCUUAUUGCUGCAGUCCUGAAGGAAAAUGGUUUUUCAGAAAAGAUCCAUCAGUCCACAAACCAGACUCCUGCUUUGAACUUGCUGUGGGAGAAGUGUUGCAGUGAUAAUGUAGUGGUCCGGACAGCCUGCUGUGAGGGCCUGGUGGCGCUUGUUGCUCAGGAUCACGCGGAGUUCAGCUAUGUUCUCAAUGGGAUACUCAACCUGAUUCCAUCCACCAGGAAUACACACGGCUUCCUAAAAGCCAUUAUGAAAUUAUUACAAAUGCAAGCUGUUAAGGAAGGACAAGCUGGGGAGAAGAACAUUCAGGGUAUAUAUUCUAUUAGAAGUCACCCUCAGCCUUUGAUCACGGUGCUUGAACACAGACCUGAUUGCUGGCCAGUACUUUUGCAGCAGCUGACAGCUUUUUUCCAGCAAUGCCCUGAAAGGUCAGAAGUUUCGUGUGUCCAAAUAAUGGCACCAUUUCUAUGGUAUCUCUAUUGUGAACCAUCCCAGUUACAAGAAUAUGCUAAACUCAGACUAGCCCUGAUAAAAGUCUUACUUCAACCCUGGGCUCCUUGUGACAAAGAAGAGCCAUCAGUGUUGGAACAACAGAUACUUCAGCUGUGUUGCGACAUGGUUCCAUGCUUACAGAUAAAAGAUUUGAUGCAGACCACAGAAGUGAUGCUGUUCAUGGAGGAGGUAUAUUUAAGCCUUUCGCGUCAUCCUGUUUUCUGGAAAAUUCAGCUUACCCAGCUGACCCUUCAGCUGCUGUGUGUCUGUGAAGUCAGCUUAAAGAUAACUGGGGAAUGCUCAUCUUUAAUUCACCUUUUGGCAAACAGUGUUGAACUUCUGAGGGAGGAUUUUCCUGUUGAACUGGUCAUGAUUGGAAUAGCUUUGCUGCUUUUACAGACUCCAGCAAGUCAGCAGAAGCCCAUCUUAAGUCUCGCUUUGAAGCUCCUCUCUUUUGCUGAGGGUCAGAAAAUUCCACAGUCAUCCUCGCUGCUGGUAAUGCCAGUCCUGCAGAUAUUAUCUUCUACUGCCUUGGAAGACUGCAUGUCCAUGGAUGAAGACGGUCCCUCGCGGCAGCAGUUGGCUCUAAAGCUUCUGGAAGCAGUACAGCAGGAGUGCUGUAGAGAUGACCGCCAAAAGCUGUCCUACAAGCUUGCAUUUCCCAUAACCAGCACAUAUGGUUCAGUAUGUACAGCCUGGAGGAUCCUUGAAGUACUGAGUGAAGAGUCUGCAGUGAGUGACUGGUUGGCUUCAGUGGAGUCCUUGCUCCCUAUUACUACUGUGAUCCCUGAGCAUGUUUUUCUUCUGCUGGUUCACCUCCUUGUUGAAGAUAAAGGACGAAAUCUUCGCCAAAUACUAAAGGUCACUACAGAAUUAGCCCAAGCAGAUUCUUCUCAGGUACCAAAUUUGAUUCCAGUUUUGAUGUUCAAAUUGGGAAGACCACUGGAACCUGUAUUAUACAAUGAUAUUUUAUAUACUUUACCUGCACUUGGUGUUCACAAGGUUUGCAUAGGACAAAUUCUACGAGUAAUCCAACUUCUUGGAACCACUCCACAACUAAGGGCUGUCACUUUGCGCUUGUUGACAUCUUUGUGGGAGAAGCAGGAUCGUGUCUAUCCUGAACUUCAGCGGUUCAUGGCCAUGUCCAAUACGCCCUCUCUGUCUGUGGGCAAGGAAGUCCAGUGGGAAAAACUGAUUGCUAAAGCAGCAUCGAUCAGAGACAUAUGUAAGCAAAGGCCAUAUCAGCAUGGUGCAGAUAUGUUGGCAGCUAUUUCCCAGGUGUUGAAUGAAUGCACCAAGCCUGAUCAAGCUACUCCAGCAGCCUUGGUGUUACAAGGUCUUCAUGCACUCUGCGAAGCUGAGGUGGUGUGUAUUCGCUCCACUUGGAAUGCUCUGUCCCCAAAGCUGAGCUGUGACACGAGACCUCUCAUUCUGAAGACCCUCAGUGAGCUGUUUUCUCUGGUUCCUUCCUUAACGGUCAAUACAGCUGAAUAUGAGAAUUUUAAAGUUCAAGUCCUCAGCUUCCUCUGGACCCACACUCAAAACAAGGACCCAGUUGUAGCAAACGCUGCAUAUAAAUCUCUGUCACACUUCAGCGCCGGAGAGCACACCAUUCUUCAUCUGCCUGAACAGAUAAGACCAGAAAUCCACAUUCCUGAUGAGCUAGAUGAAGAUGAAGAUGAUGAGGGUGAUGAAAAGGAAGUGGAUCUUUCCGUUCCUGGCUCUUGCUAUCUCAAACUGUUGUCACUCACCUCACCUUUGGUUUUACCAGCUUUGGAGGAAUUUUUUACAUCACUCAUGAAACAAGAAAUGGUGAAUAUGCCCCGUGGGGUCUAUCACUUGGCAUUGAAAGGAGGCGGCCGCUUAGACCAAGGAAAGACAGUAGCAGGAAUCCCCAAUUUUAUGUUAAAAAUGUACGGAACGAACAAGCAGCCAGGUUUGAAACCUGGCCUUGCAGGUGGUAUGUUAUUUUGUUACGAUGUUUCAAUGUAUCAGAGUAAAGAUGGUAAACCUUUGAAUCGACUGAUGGCCAAUAGAGGGCGCAGUUUCAAGCAGACCUCACUUGCUCUAGUGCAUGAGGUACACAUCCAGCUUUCUGAGUGGCACCGGGCCAUUUUUCUCCCGCAAGCGUGGCUGGCAUAUAUGACUCGAGCUUAUCAUGCCAUUUUACAGGGCAGAAUAGCAGAGCUGGAGUUGCAGUUAAAACACGGAAAAGAAGGGGCUGAGGAGGUGCAACACAAAAAAAGCACAGCCUGGCUCUGGGUUCGAGACAUGUUGACUGAUGAGAUCACCAAGUCAGCUGCAAAGGACAGCCCAGUGGUUAAAGGCAAUGCACUGUUAGCCUUAAGCAGCCUUGCUGUCGUCGUAUCCAGACAUGAAGCCAGCCUCUCCUCAGAUGCCGAGGGGGUCCUGGAGGUUCAACCUAAUUUCCUUUCAAUGAAAGAGUGGGUUUCCAUGGUGUGUGAUACUCUCCUGGUCAUUGUGGAUAGCCACUACCAACCCAGAGGACAACUUUUCUCCUGUUUUUAUUACAAAUCCUAUUCUGGUGAAAACACAGCUAGUGCCAUCGCCCGUUCUGCGGCCGCCACGGCUUUGUCUCUCCUGGUGCCAGUUUUCAUUAUCUCUUGCAAAGAGAAGGUUGAGGAAAUCCUGAACAUGCUGACUGCCAGGUUACCUGGGAAACCAAGUGCUGAUGAGUCUCAAGCUGUGCAAAUCCACAUGGGCCUUGCUUUGGGGAUGUUUCUCUCUCGUUUGUGUGAGGAGAAACUCAGUGAUAGUUCUGGCCAACAGAUGAACCUUCUUCUGAUGAAGUCCUUGGAUGCCCUGGAGAACUGCUGCUUUGACAGUGGUCUUGAAUACAACACGGGCUGUGUCCUGGGAGUUGGACUUGUUCUGUCCCUCAUGAGCCACAGCAGCCAAACGGAGUCGCGAGUUCACGUGGCAGUGUCGCUUCGCAAGCUCUCUGCAUACCUCGAUGACAGCGGGAGCCAGAGCAGGACGUUUCAGGAGGUCCUUGCCUAUACCCUUAGCUGUGUGUGCACAUCAGCAUUCAGUGCUGGAAUCAUUGAAGCUGCAGAGGCUGAAGACAUUAUGGACAAGCUUCGACUGUUGGUAGAGAACAACCAGCAGACUUCAGGUUUUGCCCUGGCGUUAGGAAACAUCGUUCAUGGUCUGUCUGUGUGUGGACAUGGCAAAGCCGAAGACUUGGGCAACAGACUGCUCCCUGCCUGGAUCAGAACUGUGCUAGCAGAGGGCUCAUCCACAAUGCUCUGCUUGGCAGCUCUUCAUGGCAUGGUGGCCUCAGUAGGCUCUGAAGGGGAUGUAAUGCAGCUGAAGUCGGAAGCCACCCAGAGCUUGCAUUUUCAAGCCAGGCUUAAUGAAGUCAUUAGAACCUUAACACAGGUCAUCGGUGUGUCCGGGGUGAUUGGCCUUCAGUCCAAUGCAAUCUGGCUUCUAGGACAUCUUCACCUAUCUACUCUGUCCUCAAAUCAAAGUAGAACCUCUGUUCCUACUGACUAUAGCUAUUUGCCUGAAAGCAGUUUUAUUAGAGCAGUCAUUGGCUUCUUCAUUACGGGAGGAAAAAAAGGUCCUGAGUCUGUGUCACCUUCCCUGCUCAAGGUCGUGAUGAAACCCACAGCGACGGUCGGCAAGGACUACCAGUACCCGCCAGUGAACUGGGCCGCAUUGCUCUCCCCGCUCAUGAGGCUGAACUUCGGUGAAGAGAUACAGCAGCUGUGCCUUGAAAUUAUGGUGACUCAGGCACAGUCAUCGCAGAAUGCAGCUGCACUGUUGGGAUUGUGGGUGACGCCACCGCUGGUCCAUGGUCUGAGUCUGAAUAUCAAGAAAUACCUCCUAGUAUCUGCACCUCUGUGGAUCAAACACGUCUCCGAGGAACAGAUCCUGGGUUUUGUUGAAAACUUAAUGGUGGCAGUUUUUGAAGCUGCUUCCCCGAUCUCCAACCAUGAGCUAUGCUUGAGCGCCUUGCAGGGUCUGAGCCAGGCUAUGAAACUGCCCAGCCCUGCCCACCACCUCUGGAGUCUGCUCCGUGAAGCUACUGGGAAAAUUUUUGACCUGCUGCCAAGUAAGAUUCGGAGAAAUGAUUUGGAGCUGUAUAUCAGUGUGGCAAAAUGCCUCUCAGAAAUGACAGAUGAUGAAGCCAAUCGGGUUGCCCAGGUUACUGAGAGCAGCAUAGAAAAGGUGGCCUUUGUCAGACUGUACUUGGUCUCUCAAGGACGGUUCCCCUUGAUGGGCUUGACUGACAUGCUCAGUGUUGCUGUUCAGCACCAUGAAAAAGACACGCUGGCCUGGAUGAUGCUGCACAGCCUAUACCACGCACGGAUUGUGAGCCACGCCAACACAGGUGUGCUGAAGAGAAUGGAAUGGCUCUUGGAACUGAUGGGCUAUAUCCGAAAUGUUGCUUACCAGUCAGCACCUGUUCCCAAUGUGGCUCUCGAUGAGGCUUUGGACUUCUUCUUGCUGAUAUUUGCAACCACAGUGGUUGCAUGGGCAGACCAUGCAGCCCCUCUCCUCCUCGGUCUCAGUGCCAGUUGGUUGCCAUGGCAUCAAGAAAAUGGCCCUGCUGAGCCAGCAUCAAGCUUCCUUGGCAGAAGUCCAAUGCACAGGGUCACUCUGCAGGAGGCUCUCACUCUUCUACCCAGUAGCAUGCUUCUUCUGCUGCAGAAAGAGCCGUGGAAGGAACAGACCCAGAAGUUCAUCGACUGGCUAUUCAACCUCAUGGAAAGCCCUAAAGAAGGCCUCUCUGUAAGAUCCAAGGGUCUUUUAAGAGCCACCCUGCUGUCCUUAAGAGUUCUCCCAGAGUUUAAGAAGAAAGCCGUGUGGACCAGAGCGUAUGGCUGGUGAGCGGUUUUGCCGUAGCCAGCCACGUCCUCAGCUGGGAAACGAAAACCACACACACGGAAGCAGUUGCUCAGAAUUUGCACCUGGGAUCCCUGAGACAUGAUGCAGAGAGUUAUUAGCCAACAGUCUGAGCCAUGAAUGCCAGGAGAGGGGGCACUGCUUUGGUCCCCAGGCCAGUGGAGACUGAAAUGAAAACUUGAACUUUUUUUUAAUUUGGCUAGAGUUCCACCUUAAGAUUUUCAUUGUGAAACUUUGACUGUAAAAAUUCCUCACCUCCAAAAAAAAUUCUAGUAAAAUAAUCUGAAUUUUGUGAAUUUUACUUAUUUCAAGGCAUAGGUAAGAUUUUACUAGCAAAAGCAAACUAUAGUAUUGACGGAGGAAUUACAGUUUAUUUUUUAUUAAGUAUAUAGAGGAUAUUCAUUGAUUCAAUGAGUUAGACAUCUUUUCUUAUUGAUGUAUUCUCUUCGAACUGCUAUACACAUUUAAAUAAUAAGCAUGGUGUUAAACAGUUGCUAAAUCAGAUUCAUUAGCAAUGACUAUAAUUUUCUUUUGCUUGAGUCUCUUGAAUACGGGUGAAAAUGACUUCAGCUAAAAAGGAGAAUAUAACUUGUUCACAAACCAAGAAUUAAAGAGUAGAUCUGUCCGGGCACAGCCGCAUCCAGGGAGUCAGACAAUGUCGUCAGGCUCUUCCUCUCGCGUCACCCCGUGUAGUUGUCAAGGUGCCUUUGCUCACAGGUGUGCAGUAGCAACAGGGGGAGGACUCCAGUUCAUCUCGAGUCACAUGUGAGCUCCUCGUAAGUGGGGUACUCUGGGUCGCAUGUCCCCGUGUACUGGGUUCCCCCAGAAGAAAGAUUAUGGAAUGCUAGGCAAGGAAAACAUGACAAAUACCUCCUGGAAAGAUUAAUCUUUUUUGUAAGUACAAAUUCCUAUCUUAAUCAGGAUCACUAGCAGCCUAAUGAUAAGUAAAUGAAGACAUGUGACAGUGUCCUCAAGGGUUGCAUUUUACUCAACAGCUUGAGAAUCAGCCAGCAUUUUAAUUUUGAUGUUUGCUCAUUAUCUUCUCUUUAUACAGUCAUUAAUCAGGGUUGCCAUUAGCCAAUCACUUAAACAUACUGCUGUACAUGUAUACAGGAUCACUGGGGAGAGAUCUCGUGUCGCUGGAAUAGCGUACUUUUGUGUCUGUCAUGCUACACGCAGUGCCUGCUGCUUUCUAAGCGCCAUGGGACUUGCGGCAUUCCCGUGUGACAGUGCCUCAAUGUUGUCUCCAGGUGUACCUACUUAGGAUAAAAAUAGAUCGACUAAUUUUGUUUUCCAAAUAGCUAGAUUUAUGUUUUUAGGUCUGAAGAAAUUGUGCUUCACUGUGUAACUCACAUGCUGUUCCCAGGUCACAGUUCUUUCUUUGGCUGAGAUGCCUACAGAAAAAAAAAAAAGGAAGGGAAUGCGAGCUCUCGGGUGGUAUUUACUCGCAUUGCCGAUAUUUCAUAUAUAUUCUUCUUUAGAGGCUGAGCUAGAGAGAAAUGAAUUUAAAGGAAGCAAAAAUGUAGAGUAUUUACAGUAGAAGCCAGCUUCCCUCUUUUUCCCACCUACAGUUUCUUGUACUUCCUUCAGUGAGAGAUUGCAGUUCAUCUAAUAUUUAUCGUUAGAUGCCAGGCAGUGCAGUGGAGCUUUCGCUUGUGUUAUCUUACUUAACUUAUGCAACGAGACUGUGAAGAGGCAUUAUUUUCUAUUUUUAAAUGGAGAAAACACAUCUUAGAAGCGACAGAGCUAUUCCUAGAACCAAGCUCCUAGAACUUCAGAUGCAGUUCUACUACAUCAGGCUCAUCAACACACACUUUAAGAUGGAAACUUCCACCAAUGAUUAAACCUUAGUUUUAAUAUACUUGUGGUUUAAUAUGCUUUAUUAAACCUAUGGCUUAUAUGCUUAAGGUAGUUGCUGUAGUCAGAUCAAAGAAAUAAUCCUGGCUCAUGUUAGUAAGUCUCUAAAAUUGAGAAGUUUAGGAGCUACAGUGCAGAGGAACAGGUCCUCUGUGGGUUGAAGGACUGUAGAUUCCUGGGCCGGGUUGCAAACAUGGAUGGCAAUAAAGAACAGAGAACAGGAAGUGGACACUGAGGAGCUACUCUGCAGUUUUCUCCCGAGAGAGAGCUGGCUGAUACUCAGGGGAAGGAUGAGGAGUCAGCCCGUUCUGUGCAGACUUCGUCCCUGCCCCUGCCCUUGACUAGGACACAGACGAGUACAAAGGCAGGGGUAAGAUGUGCCUCCGACCCCUCUACCCUCACUCCCUGUUUUUGUCACCAGCAUUCUUGUGCACAAAAUGUGUGGGGUUUUCCUAUUCAUGGGAACCUCUAAAGAGUCUAAAAUGGAAGACUCAAAAUUUGAAAACCUAAAAAUUUUAGAAUCUCAACAUUCUAAGGUAUAGGACACUGGAAUAGUAAUACCCCUUCAUUUGGUUACCUGUAUGACCUUAGGUAGGAAUUAAUUAUUCCCUUAGGAUAUUUUACUUUUUUCCUUCAAACCCAGAAGUCUGCUUUUUUAGACCAGAUGUUCCAAACUCUAUACAAAAGAAAAAGUUUCCUUACCAGUCAUCUUCUGUUAUUUUCUGAAAUCAUAAGUCACCAAGACAAACAGUAUGUUGAGAUAUCCUAACAAGUCGUCAUGUGGGGUUAAAGCCAUGUCGUGUGUCUCAGAAAUAUCCAAAUGCCCUGGUUCUGGAUUUGAAAAGUGUUCAUUUGGAACAGAUGUUGGGAUUCAUGUAAGUGCCUAAAAUCUUUUGUGUUAUAUUUUUAUCUAGUGGCUCUGUGGGAAUUAAUCAGUUGUUAAUAACCUUUUUUCGAAGUUAAUUGAUGGAGUUAAUUUCUCCAAAUGGUUUUAACCAAAGAGAUUGAUAUAUAACUAUAUAAGGAAUAAGAUUUUGUUAAGGACUCAACUAGUCUCUUGAAAUAACUUAAUCACUUUGAAAGUAAGCUGUAGGUGUAGAUUUUUGGUAAGCACUUUGGUAAAUUGCUGUUUUAGAAGAUAAAUCAGAUCAUUUGGUAAAGAGGAUGGGCCCUCCCUUAAAGUCCGAGUCGUUGGCCACGUCUCUGGUCAGUUUGUGUCUCUGACCCAAACCAGCCUCUGGUCAGCAGCAGGCAUUUCAGUGGAACCAAGGGGCAGCGUGAGGCCACCACGUCCACAUCCCUGGUCACUCUUGGGGAAGCCACCGCCCAGCAUCACCUCCAUGUGUGAGUGUGUUCGUCACCACUCUGGGCUGGGGGAGGGGAACAUGCUUUCAGAUUUUCCGGAAGGAAAUACUUUAUUCUAAAUCUGGAAAUUCUAAAGUUUCUUAAAAUGUAUGAUACAUAUUGUAUUUAUGAACUAGUAAGUCAACAUGUAAUCUAUUAAUAUUCACAAGGUAAAUUUUGUGAAUUUUUAAUUCACAAAAAUUUUAAAAAUUUUAAAUUAUAAUUUAGAAAGAACAUUCAAUUCUUUUCAAACAUAGGGAACCUGUGAAGAAAUAUCCAGCUAAAUUAUUGAAUAUGAAACUGAAGAAAAACGACGGGGAUGACUCCCUGACUCUGGUUUUAUUUCUUGGAUAAAAGGAAUAACCUACCUGACGAGGUAGCUGUGAGGGUUAAAAGAAUACAAAAAUGUGCUUUCUGAAUUCUAAAAUGUAACAGAAAUGCUACCACUUUUAUAUGUUUCACUGAAAAUAGUAGCUGUAAUGCUUGGAUACAGGCCUGCAGUGUACAUGGGGACUUGGUAAGAUAUGGAAAUUUCUUUUUUUAUUAUUUUUUUUAUUGAUUAUGCCAUUACAUUUGCUCUAUUCCCCCCUCCAUUCCCCUCCACCCUGCAUACCCCUCCCCCACCAUUUCCCCCUUUAGUUCAUGAACACGUGUCUGAAAUUCUUUAGAUUCUGUAUUUCCCCUACUAUUCUUACCCUCCCCCCUAUAUAUUUUCUCUCUACUGUCUAUGCUACUUAUUUUCUGUACCUUCUCCCCCCUUCUCCUCCUCCCACUCCCCUGUUGCUAACCCUCCAUGAGAUCUUCAUUUCUAUGUUUCCACUCCUGAUCUAGCUGUCCUCUUAGUUUGCUUUUGUUUUAGGUGUGGUUGUUACUAACUGUGAGUUUGCUGUCCUUUCACUGUUCAUCUUUUUUAUCUUCUUUUUCUUAGGUAAGUCCCUUUAACAUUUCAUAUAAUAAGGGCUUAUCAGGUGUUCUCCUUAACAGUUAAAACACAGAAGCAAGUAAUAGCACAUUAAGAAAAGAUACUUAUAUAAAUUUUUAAACUAUAUUAGGUUUCUUCUGAACAUGAGGUACUCUAAGAUUAAUCAAAUAUAAUGGAAACAUCACCCAAUUUACCAGAUUUCUUAAAAUUUUUGUUUUCUGGAUGUACUGGUAGUAAUCCACAAAGUCAGAUUUGCAAAACAAUUGUGUCUAUAAUGCGCCACCAGAGAAGGUUCUAAGGUGCAAAGUGAACAGGACAUGAUGUUCCUGUUCUCAUGGAGCUUAUGUUCAGAAAAUAUAAAUCAGGAAACCAUCAUGCCAUAAAGGAAAGCUUCCAGGAAAUAUGCUACAAUUUUUUUACUCCUGAGUAGCCCUUUAUAAUUUACAAAAGUUUAACGUACCGUCCUUCCUCUGCUCUUCACAACCACCUGGGGCGGUUAUGGAAACGAACUUGGGGAUUCACUCAGUACGUAAACAUCGGAGCUGGAUCUCCAGUCAACCCCAGUGUUCUUAACUCCAGACCGCUCUGCUCUCACAGGACCCGUGGUUCGGCCGAGCACCACGAAGUAAGUGCGCAGUGGACUCCUACAUUAUCUAAUAAAUUAAGGGAUGUUUUUACUAAUUGAUUUUCAUAAAGAAUUGACUAACCUUCCUUAAAGCAAGAUUUAAAAUGCCAGAUACCUUAGCAAAGAUAGAUUAAUUGGUUAAUAAUUUCCACUGAGUAUCUUGAAAAACUAUUUAAGAGUAAGAAAAUGCACAGAAAACGUUUUUUUUAAGAUUUUAUUUUCAGAGAAAGGGCAGGGAGAAAGAGGGAGAGAAACAUCGAUUGGCUGCCUCUCUCGCAAAACUCCAGCUGGUGCCCCGACCAGGAAUCAAACUGAUGACCUUUCAGUUAGCAGGCUGGUGCUCCGUUCACUGAGCCACACCAGCCAGGGCAGAAAACUUUAACUUAAAUAGUUCUUAUUCACAACUCUCUGUCCAAAGCUGAAACACAGUACAUUCAAAAGCUGUGGUUCCCAAACUGUGGUGUGCAUGAGGCUCAUUUGAGGGCCCUAUCAAAAUGCAGGCUCCGGGCUCUCUGGUCAGAUCUUUAGUGCAAUCCAGACAUCCAAAGACAAACACCAUACAAUUUCACUCAUGUGGAAUCUAAUGAACAAACUGAACUAGUAAGGAAAAUGGGGACAAACUCAUAGAGAACAGAAUGACAGCUUGUUGGGGGCAGGGGAGGUGAGGGAUCGGAGCGACUGAGGGGAGGAAAAAGGAAUCCGCAUUUUAAACAGGCACUGGUUAGUUCUGUGACCAUUGCUCCCUGGAGAUACUUUGAGUAAAUGAUCUGGAGAAAAGAACCAAAUCAAAAUUAGCAUAUCACAUAGAUCCAGAAGAAGAAAUAAAAAUUAUCUAAACACAGGAAAAACAAAAUAAUGUUUCAAAGUAAAAAUAAAUGAGGAAGAUGUUGAGGAAAGAGGAGAUAAUUUUUAUUUAAAUUCCUUUGAACUUUAGCCCAAUAAAAUAAAAAUGUAACUGUGUUGUAUUUGUGCAUAAAUUUAAAUAAAUGUAA